AUGCGAAGAAACAGCUGCGCAGAAACAGCUGCGCAGAAACAGCUGCGCAGAAACAGCGGCGCAGAAACAGCGGCGCAGAAACAGCUGCGCAGGAACAGCUGCGCAGGAACAGCUGCGCAGAAACAGCUGCGCAGAAACAGCUGCGCAGGAACAGCUGCGCAGAAACAGCUGCGCAGAAACAGCUGCGCAGGAACAGGUGCGGAGGAACAGGUGCGCAGGAACAGCUGCGCAGGAACAGGUGCGCAGGAACAGCUGCGCAGGAACAGCUGCGCAGGAACAGCUGCGCAGGAACAGCUGCGCAGAAACUGCUGCGCAGAAACUGCUGCGCAGAAACUGCUGCGCAGAAACAGCUGCGCAGGAACAGCUGCGCAGGAACAGCUGCGCAGAAACUGCUGCGCAGGAACAGCUGCGCAGGAACAGCUGCGCAGGAACAGCUGCGCAGAAACAGCGGCGCAGAAACACUCUAUAGCCUCCGGUUACAGGAGCGUACCUCCAUGUUCAAUGUUUUUUGGGCAGUUGAACAUUGCAGUCUCAUCAGAAAAUCAGAAACAGCUGCGCAGAAGCGGCUGCGCAGGAACAGCUGCGCAGAAGCGGCUGCGCAGAAGCGGCUGCGCAGAAGCGGCUGCGCAGAAGCGGCUGCGCAGAAACGGCUGCGCAGAAGCGGCUGCGCAGAAGCGGCUGCGCACAAGCGGCUGCGCACAAGCGGCUGCGCAGAAGCGGCUGCGCAGAAGCGGCUGCGCAGAAGCGCCUGCGCAGAAGCGGCUGCGCAGAAGCGGCUGCGCAGAAGCGGCUGCGCAGAAGCGGCUGCGCAGAAGCGGCUGCGCAGAAGCGGCUGCGCAGAAGCGGCUGCGCAGAAGCGGCUGCGCAGAAGCGGCUGCGCAGAAGCGCCUGCGCAGAAGCGGCUGCGCAGAAGCGGCUGCGCAGAAGCGGCUGCGCAGAAACGGCUGCGCAGAAACGGCUGCGCAGAAACGGCUGCGCAGAAACGGCUGCGCAGAAUCGGCUGCGCAGCAGCGGCUGCGCAGAAGCGGCUGCGCAGAAGCGGCUGCGCAGAAGCGGCUGCGCAGAAGCGGCUGCGCAGAAGCGGCUGCGCAGAAGCGGCUGCGCAGAAACAGCUGUGCAGAUGCAGCUGCGCAGAAACAGCUGCGCAGAAACAGCUGCGCAGAAACAGCUGCGCAGAAACAGCUGCGCAGAAGCGGCUGCGCAGAAGCGGCUGCGCAGAAGCGGCUGCGCAGAAGCGGCUGCGCAGAAGCGGCUGCGCAGAUGCAGCUGCGCAGAAACAGCUGCGCAGAAACAGCUGCGCAGAAACAGCUGCGCAGAAACAACUGCGCAGAAGCGGCUGCGCAGAAGCGGCUGCGCAGAAGCGGCUGCGCUGAAGCGGCUGCGCAGAAGCGGCUGCGCAGAAGCGGCUGCGCGCGGCUGCGCGGAAGCGGCUGCGCGGAAGCGGCUGCGCGGAAGCGGCUGCGCGGAAGCGGCUGCGCGGAAGCGGCUGCGCAGAAGCGGCUGCGCAGAAGCGGCUGCGCAGAAGCGGCUGCGCAGAAGCGGCUGCGCAGAAGCGGCUGCGCAGAAACGGCUGCGCAGAAACGGCUGCGCAGAAACGGCUGCGCAGAAACGGCUGCGCAGAAACGGCUGCGCAGAAACGGCUGCGCAGAAACGGCUGCGCAGAAGCGGCUGCGCAGAAGCGGCUGCGCAGAAGCGGCUGCGCAGAAGCGGCUGCGCAGAAGCAGCUGCGCAGAAGCAGCUGCGCAGAAGCAGCUGCGCAGAAGCAGCUGCGCAGAAGCAGCUGCGCAGAAGCAGCUGCGCAGAAGCAGCUGCGCAGAAACAGCUGCGCAGGAACAGCUGCGCAGGAACAGCUGCGCAGGAACAGCUGCGCAGGAACAGCUGCGCAGGAACAGCUGCGCAGGAACAGCUGCGCAGGAACAGCUGCGCAGGAACAGCUGCGCAGGAACAGCUGCGCAGGAACAGCUGCGCAGGAACAGCUGCGCAGAAACAGCUGCGCUGGAACAGCUGCGCAGGAACAGCUGCGCAGGAACAGCUGCGCAGGAACAGCUGCGCAGAAACAGCUGCGCAGAAACAGCUGCGCAGGAACAGCUGCGCAGGAACAGCUGCGCAGGAACAGCUGCGCAGGAACAGCUGCGCAGAAACUGCUGCGCAGAAACUGCUGCGCAGAAACUGCUGCGCAGAAACAGCUGCGCAGGAACAGCUGCGCAGGAACAGCUGCGCAGGAACAGCUGCGCAGGAACAGCUGCGCAGAAACAACUGCGCAGAAAUAGCUGCGCAGGAACAGCUGCGCAGAAACAGCUGCGCAGAAACAGCUGCGCAGAAACAGCUUCGCAGAAACAGCUGCGCAGAAACAGCUGCGCAGAAACAACUGCGCAGAAACAGCUGCGCAGGAACAGCUGCGCAGAAACAGCUGCGCAGAAACAGCUGCGCAGAAACAGCUGCGCAGGAACAGCUGCGCAGAAACAGCUGCGCAGGAACAGCUGCGCAGAAACAGCUGCGCAGAAACAGCUGCGCAGAAACAGCUGCGCAGAAACAGCUGCGCAGAAACAGCUGCGCAGAAACAGCUGCGCAGAAACAGCUGCGCAGAAACAGCUGCGCAGGAACAGCUGCGCAGAAACAGCUGCGCAGGAACAGCUGCGCAGGAACGGCUGCGCAGAAACGGCUGCGCAGAAACGGCUGCGCAGAAACGGCAGCGCAGAAACGGCUGCGCAGAAACGGCUGCGCAGAAGCAGCUGCGCAGAAGCAGCUGCGCAGAAGCAGCUGCGCAGAAGCAGCUGCGCAGAAGCAGCUGCGCAGAAGCAGCUGCGCGGAAGCAGCUGCGCGGAAGCAGCUGCGCGGAAGCAGCUGCGCAGAAGCAGCUGCGCAGAAGCAGCUGCGCAGAAACAGCUGCGCAGAAACAGCUGCGCAGGAACAGCUGCGCAGGAACAGCUGCGCAGGAACAGCUGCGCAGGAACAGCUGCGCAGGAACAGCUGCGCAGGAACAGCUGCGCAGGAACAGCUGCGCAGGAACAGCUGCGCAGGAACAGCUGCGCAGGAACAGCUGCGCAGGAACAGCUGCGCAGGAACAGCUGCGCAGGAACAGCUGCGCAGAAACAGCUGCGCAGGAACAGCUGCGCAGAAACAGCUGCGCUGGAACAGCUGCGCAGGAACAGCUGCGCAGGAACAGCUGCGCAGGAACAGCUGCGCAGGAACAGCUGCGCAGAAACAGCUGCGCAGAAACAGCUGCGCAGGAACAGCUGCGCAGGAACAGCUGCGCAGGAACAGCUGCGCAGGAACAGCUGCGCAGAAACUGCUGCGCAGAAACUGCUGCGCAGAAACAGCUGCGCAGAAACAGCUGCACAGGAACAGCUGCGCAGGAACAGCUGCGCAGGAACAGCUGCGCAGGAACAGCUGCGCAGGAACAGCUGCGCAGAAACAGCUGCGCAGGAACAGCUGCGCAGAAACAGCUGCGCAGGAACAGCUGCGCAGAAACAGCUGCGCAGGAACAGCUGCGCAGAAACAACUGCGCAGAAACAACUGCGCAGAAACAGCUGCGCAGGAACAGCUGCGCAGAAACAGCUGCGCAGAAACAGCUGCGCAGAAACAGCUUCGCAGAAACAGCUGCGCAGAAACAGCUGCGCAGGAACAGCUGCGCAGGAACAGCUGCGCAGAAACAGCUGCGCAGAAACAGCUGCGCAGGAACAGCUGCGCAGGAACAGCUGCGCAGAAACAGCUGCGCAGGAACAGCUGCGCAGAAACAGCUGCGCAGAAACAGCUGCGCAGAAACAGCUGCGCAGAAACAGCUGCGCAGAAACAGCUGCGCAGAAACAGCUGCGCAGAAACAGCUGCGCAGAAACAGCUGCGCAGAAACAGCUGCGCAGGAACAGCUGCGCAGAAACAGCUGCGCAGGAACAGCUGCGCAGGAACAGCUGCGCAGGAACAGGUGCGCAGGAACAGGUGCGCAGGAACAGGUGCGGAGGAACAGGUGCGCAGGAACAGCUGCGCAGGAACAGGUGCGCAGGAACAGCUGCGCAGGAACAGCUGCGCAGGAACAGCUGCGCAGGAACAGCUGCGCAGAAACUGCUGCGCAGAAACUGCUGCGCAGAAACUGCUGCGCAGAAACAGCUGCGCAGGAACAGCUGCGCAGGAACAGCUGCGCAGAAACUGCUGCGCAGAAACUGCUGCGCAGAAACUGCUGCGCAGAAACAGCUGCGCAGGAACAGCUGCGCAGGAACAGCUGCGCAGGAACAGCUGCGCAGGAACAGCUGCGCAGAAACAGCUGCGCAGAAACAGCUGCGCAGGAACAGCUGCGCAGGAACAGCUGCGCAGGAACAGCUGCGCAGAAACUGCUGCGCAGAAACUGCUGCGCAGAAACUGCUGCGCAGAAACAGCUGCGCAGAAACAGCUGCGCAGGAACAGCUGCGCAGGAACAGCUGCGCAGGAACAGCUGCGCAGGAACAGCUGCGCAGGAACAGCUGCGCAGGAACAGCUGCGCAGGAACAGCUGCGCAGAAACAGCUGCGCAGAAACAGCUGCGCAGGAACAGCUGCGCAGAAACGGCUGCGCAGGAACGGCUGCGCAGGAACGGCUGCGCAGAAACGGCUGCGCAGAAACGGCUGCGCAGAAACGGCAGCGCAGAAACGGCUGCGCAGAAACGGCUGCGCAGAAACGGCUGCGCAGAAGCAGCUGCGCAGAAGCAGCUGCGCAGAAGCAGCUGCGCAGAAGCAGCUGCGCAGAAGCAGCUGCGCAGAAGCAGCUGCGCAGAAGCAGCUGCGCAGAAGCAGCUGCGCAGAAGCAGCUGCGCAGAAGCAGCUGCGCAGAAGCAGCUGCGCAGAAGCAGCUGCGCAGAAGCAGCUGCGCAGAAACAGCUGCGCAGAAACAGCUGCGCAGGAACAGCUGCGCAGGAACAGCUGCGCAGGAACAGCUGCGCAGGAACAGCUGCGCAGGAACAGCUGCGCAGGAACAGCUGCGCAGGAACAGCUGCGCAGGAACAGGUGCGCAGGAACAGCUGCGCAGGAACAGCUGCGCAGGAACAGCUGCGCAGGAACAGCUGCGCAGGAACAGCUGCGCAGGAACAGCAGCGCAGAAACAGCCGCGCAGAAACAGCCGCGCAGAAACAGCCUCGCAGAAACAGCCGCGCAGAAACAGCCGCGCAGCAACAGCCGCGCAGCAACAGCCGCGCAGCAACAGCCGCGCAGGAACAGCCGCGCAGGAACAGCCGCGCAGGAACAGCCGCGCAGGAACAGCCGCGCAGGAACAGCUGCGCAGGAACAGCUGCGCAGAAACAGCUGCGCAGAAACAGCUGCGCAGGAACAGCUGCGCAGGAACAGCUGCGCAGAAACAGCUGCGCAGAAACAGCUGCGCAGGAACAGCUGCGCAGGAACAGCUGCGCAGAAACAGCUGCGCAGAAACAGCUGCGCAGAAACAGCUGCGCAGAAACAGCUGCGCAGAAACAGCUGCGCAGAAACAGCUGCGCAGGAACAGCUGCGCAGAAACAGCUGCGCAGAAACAGCUGCGCAGAAACAGCUGCGCAGAAACAGCUUCGCAGAAACAGCUGCGCAGAAACAGCUGCGCAGAAACAGCUGCGCAGAAACAGCUGCGCAGGAACAGCUGCGCAGAAACAGCUGCGCAGAAACAGCUGCGCAGAAACAGCUGCGCAGGAACAGCUGCGCAGAAACAGCUGCGCAGAAACAGCUGCGCAGGAACAGCUGCGCAGAAACGGCUGCGCAGAAACAGCUGCGCAGAAACAGCUGCGCAGAAACAGCUUCGCAGAAACAGCUGCGCAGGAACAGCUGCGCAGAAACAGCUGCGCAGAAGCAGCUGCGCAGAAACAGCUGCGCAGAAACAGCUGCGCAGAAACAGCUGCGCAGAAACAGCUGCGCAGAAACAGCUGCGCAGGAACAGCUGCGCAGAAACAGCUGCGCAGGAGCUGCUGCGCAGGAACAGCUGUGCAGGAGCAGCUGCGCAGGAACAGCUGCGCAGGAACAGCUGCGCAGGAACAGCUGCGCAGGAACAGCUGCGCAGGAACAGCUGCGCAGGAACAGCUGCGCAGGAACAGGUGCGCAGGAACAGGUGCGCAGGAACAGCUGCGCAGGAACAGCUGCGCAGGAACAGGUGCGCACGAACAGCUGCGCAGGAACAGGUGCGCAGGAACAGGUGCGCAGGAACAGGUGCGCAGGAACAGCUGCGCAGGAACAGGUGCGCAGGAACAGCUGCGCAGGAACAGCUGCGCAGGGACAGCUGCGCAGGAACAGGUGCGCAGGAACAGGUGCGCAGGAACAGCUGCGCAGUAACAGCUGCGCAGAAACAGCCGCGCAGAAACAGCCGCGCAGAAACAGCUGCGCAGAAACAGCUGCGCAGAAACAGCUGCGCAGAAACAGCUGCGCAGAAACAGCUGCGCAGAAACAGCUGCGCAGAGACAGCUGCGCAGAGACAGCUGCGCAGAGACAGCUGCGCAGAGACAGCUGCGCAGAAACAGCUGCGCAGAAACAGCUGCGCAGAAACAGCUGCGCAGAAACAGCUGCGCAGAAACAGUUGCGCAGAAACAGCUGCGCAGAAACAGCUGCGCAGAAACAGCUGCGCAGAAACAGCGGCGCAGAAACACUCUAUAGCCUCCGGUUACAGGAGCACCACGCGCGCGUACGGAGUUCGUCACCCAUGCUGUUGCAGUGAAGUCUCAUCAGAAAAUCAGAAACAGCUGCGCGGAGACGGCUGCGCAGAAGCGGCUGCGCGGAAGCGGCUGCGCGGAAACGGCUGCGCGGAAACGGCUGCGCGGAAACGGCUGCGCGGAAACGGCUGCGCGGGAACGGCUGCGCGGGAACGGCUGCGCGGGAACAGGUGCGCGGGAACAGGUGCGCGGGAACAGGUGCGCGGGAACAGCUGCGCAGGAACAGCUGCGCAGGAACAGGUGCGCAGGAACAGGUGCGCAGGAACAGGUGCGCAGGUACAGGUGCGCAGGAACAGGUUCGCAGGAACAGGUGCGCAGGAACAGCUGCGCAGGAACAGCUGCGCAGGAACAGGUGCGCAGGAACAGCUGCGCAGGAACAGCUGCGCAGGAACAGCUGCGCAGGAACAGCUGCGCAGGAACAGCUGCGCAGAAACAGCUGCGCAGAAACAGCUGCGCAGAAACAGCCGCGCAGAAACAGCCUCGCAGAAACAUCCUCGCAGAAACAGCCGCGCAGAAUCAGCCGCGCAGAAACAGCCGCGCAGGAACAGCCGCGCAGGAACAGCCGCGCAGGAACAGCUGCACAGGAACAGCUGCGCAGGAACAGCUGCGCAGGAACAGCUGCGCAGGAACAGCUGCGCAGGAACAGCUGCGCAGGAACAGCUGCGCAGGAACAGCUGCGCAGAAACAGCGGCGCAGAAACACUCUAUAGCCUCCGGUUACAGGAGCGUACCUCCAUGUUCAAUGUUUUUUGGGCAGUUGAACAUGUAA